AUGUUCUACGCCGGCGACCGUCAGCCCACUGACGAUGACCAUGAACUCCAAAACCUCGGCCAUCGCCUCACCAACCGAAAGCCCUCGGUAUCCCGAGCUCGGGAAGCCGAUGAAUCAGCAUCCCCGGUUCAGAAAAAGCAGGGAAUCCCGCCGGAGCUAUCGAGCUUCUCGGCGGAGAUUGUUUUGAUCAUGGUUUGUUCCGCGGGAUUGAUGCUUUUUUCAUUCCUCUUGGGCGAUAUGCUUGCUCCCCAGCAACAGUUAAAAGAGGCACUCGGCAUUUCCAAUACCCAGCUGCCAUGGGUCGUAGGUGCCUUUAAUUGUGCUAAUGGUCUAUCCGUCGUCAUCUCUGGGUCUCUUUCAGACCUUGCCCCGCCGAAACUUCUUAUGGUUGGUGCUUUCGUGUGGCUAGGCGUCUGGAACAUCGUUGGGGCCUUCUCUCUGCAUCCAUCCCGGUAUAUUCUUUUCUUUGUGAUGAGAGCCAUGCAGGGCCUCGCGAUCGGUGUCCUCGUCUCAGGAAGCAUGAGUAUACUUGGUCGCGUUUAUAAGCCAGGAAUUCGCAAGAAUCGUGUUUUCUCAGCCAUGGCUGCGACAGCCCCAUUCGGCUUUUCCCUCGGUGCAUUGCAAGGUGGUGGACUGUAUCAACAUCUCCCCUGGAUCUUUGGAACCAAUGCCAUCAUCUGCGCAAUUUGUGCCAUUGCCGCAUACUUUUCUAUUCCACCAUUACGGCCCCAGGCAGAUAUCGCGGGCACCGAGGCUCCAUCGCUUCGGCAGUUCGACUAUAUAGGCGGCGCUUGUGCUGCCGGAGGAUGCGUUUGCUUGCUUUUCGGCCUUACACAAGGACCGGUGGCAUCUUGGUCCCCCUACACCUACAUUCUGAUCAUUAUUGGCUUACUCCUUCUAGUCGGUCUGUUUUUCGCUGAACGUGCCGCCGUCCGGCCGCUUAUUCCAAGCCGUCUUUGGAGUACUCCAGGCUUUACACCAUUGAUGAUUGCUUACUUCCUUGGUUUCGGAUCCUUCUUUGGAGCCUGGCAGUUUUACGCUAUCCAAUUCUGGCUACGGAUUCAGCAUGCUACUCCUAUCGCUGUGGCGCUCUAUCAUAUCCCUAAUGCUUUAGUCGGUGUACUCGCGACCUGGGUCGUCAGCCGUACACUCCACCUCGUGCCCGGCCAUUACAUCUACGCCUGUUCUAUGUUCGCGUUCACCCUUGGACCAGCCUUCUUCCUCCCACAAACAGCCACUACAACUUACUGGGCACUAUCUCUCCCUGGUGUUGCUUUGGUGACCUUUGGCCCCGACCUGGCUUUUGCCGCGGCGUCUAUUUUCAUCACUAGCAAUGUCGCUCGCUCAUACCAAGGAAGUGCAGGUAGCCUUCUUGUCACCAAUCAGAAUUUGUCAUCAGCGAUCAUGACCAGUAUUGCUGAUGCAAUUGGCACACGUGUCGAUACGGGCGCUGAUGGAGAAAUUGGACUCGAGGGUCUUCGGGCUAUUUGGUGGUUUGCGCUAGGAGCUCAGCUGACAGCGGCCUUGGUGACUGUUGUCUGGGUUAGAAUACCAAAGGAGGAAGAAAAGGAGCAUGUUACUUGA